CCUCCCCUCCUCUCUCCUCCUGGCUGGCUCGCGCUCUCGUCCGCCCCCCCCAUUGGCCGUCGGGCAAGCCAGUCUGCCGCUGACGUCAGGCACAGACAGGGAGGGCGGGGCCCGGAGCGGCAGUCAGGUUAGGCUGCGCCGAGCCGUUUGUGAAUGGGCAUGCUCCGAGCUGCGGCCUCCGUCACGUGACCGGGUUUUUUAAUGUUUACAUUCGAGGCGGUUCAGGGGUUUUCUUGUCGCCUGGCGGGGCCCGUUUCGGUUUCAUUUCCCGCGAGGAGGAGGUGGUGGAGGCGAGGAGCAGGACAAGGAGGGGCGGGCAGCUGGGCCUCAUGCUGGGCUCCUACCCGUGACAAGGGAGACAGAGGCCCGGGCGGGGGGGGCAGUCCGAUCCACCGCCUGAGAGCGAGGCAGCAUCGCGCCCAGAGACAUGGAGGAGCUGGCGGUGGAGGUGCGGGGCUCCAACGGGGCUUUCUACAAGGUAAGGCCUGCCCUGCGUGCGGGGGGUCUGCCGCCACGGGGACCGAGCGCGGAGUGCAGGCCCCGAGCUGUGACCGGGCCUGUGUGCGAAUAAUGACUUGCAAAGCUCCCCUCCCUCCAUUCAUAGGCUAUCCCUCCCCUCACCCUGCUCCCACCGCCUGCUCCCACAGCCUGCCAGGGGAGGGCAUCCCUCACAGAGCUCCCAACACUCUGCCCAGGCAGGCCUCCCCCAUGUCUGAUCUUGGCCAAGACCAUUCCCCACCUGCCAGGGCAGCAUCCCAGCCUGCCAGGGGAGGGCAUCCCUCACAGAGCUCCCAACACUCUGCCCCCAGUCUGAUCCUGGCCAAGAACAUUCACCACCUGCCAGGGCAGCAUCCCAGCCUGCCAGGGGAGGGCAUCCCUCACAGAGCUCCCAACACUCUGCCCCUAGUCUGAUCCUGGCCAAGACCAUUCCUCACCUGCCAGGGCAGCAUCCCAGCCUUCCAGGGGAGGACAUCCCUCACAGAGCUCGCAACACACUGCCCAGACAGGCCUCCCCCUAGCCUGAUCCUGGCCAGACCAUUCAUCUGUCACUGCCAUUCCCCAUCUGCCAGGACAGCAUCUCCAGACUGGCAUGGCACGUCAUUGGCACUCCCAGCAGCAUGAUGCCAGACCCUUUUUGUUAUUUCAUUAUGGACUCCACACUUAGCAGGCAUCUCGUUAUUAUGUCUAACUUGUUAUGAGAAGUAAUGGCAAACAUCCAGUAUUAUAAGGUUCUUACCUAGACCUUGUAGUACUCCAGAUGCUGUGGUCUAGAAUAGUCAUGAUUACCAUCCAGGACAUUAUCAUGUCUGGGUUGUGCAUCAUCAGGGUCAUGUUCCAAUUUUAAAAGCAUCCUCAGGCUGCAAACUGUAGAGGUUAAUAACUGGGAAUUAAAGGGAAAGAUUGUUCAAUUUUGUUGUUGUUGUGUGUCUUUGUGUUAGAAUGUUUUUGUAAUAAUGUAUCAAAAUGUGCAAAACAAAAAGAUAUUUUAGAGAGAACCUCACGUUUUCACAUCAGUUGUUAUCAAAAGGCACAUCCCUCCCCUCCGCCAGGAAAAGGCUCCACCAAUCAGGAUCUGCUCAUUUUAGUCUAUGGGUUCACAGUGUCUCAGCAGGAGUAUAGAGGAACAUUAAUUUACUUCUAAGCAACAAUUCCGCUCAUCGCAUGGAAUGAAUGGAGCUGCUUUAAAGGACCACUAUAGUGCCAGGAAAACAUACUCGUUUUCCUGGCACUAUAGUGCCCUGAGGGUGCCCCCACCCUCAGGGACCCCCGCCCGCCCGGCUCUGGAAGGGGGAAAGGGGUAAAAACUUACCUUUUUCCAGCGCUGGGCGGAGAGCUCUCCUCCCCCUCUCCGCCUCCGUUACGCCCCGCCGGCUGAAUGCGCACGCGCGGCAAGAGCUGCGCGCGCAUUCAGCCGGUCACAUAGGAAAGCAUUCAUAAUGCUUUCCUAUGGACGCUGGCGUGCUCUCACUGUGAAAAUCACAGUGAGAAGCACGCAAGCGCUUCUAGUGGCUGUCAAUGAGACAGCCACUAGAGGAUUAGGGGGAAGGCUUAACCCAUUCAUAAUUAUAGCAGUUUCUCUGAAACUGCUAUAAUUAUGAAAAAAUGGGUUAACCCUAGAAGGACCUGGCACCCAGACCACUUCAUUAAGCUGAAGUGGUCUGGGUGCCUAGAGUGGUCCUUUAAAAAUAAACUUCAGCCAUACUGCAGUUCUGUGUUGUGAACCAGGCUGAUGGGGUAAAAGUAAGUGCAGGAUUAUUGCUGCACCAAAAAAUACUGUAUGCAAAGUUAGUAUAGGCCUCAAUAUGACCCUUUAAAAAGGAUCUGUCCAAUCCCUGAUUUUAGUAGAGCGAAAUGGGUAACUGAAAGUUGGCUAUUGGUUGUGCUAAAACUAUAUUUAAAAAAAAAUAAAAAUAAACACAACACUUUUUUUAAAUUCAUAUUCUCUGUCCAGCAACACUGGGGCAUGCAAAUUAUUUAAGCUCUGUAAAGCUGUGCGCAUGGGACAUGCGCACACACACACAACAUUGGUGCAGGGAACCCCUCACACUCCUGCUUUUAUUAAAACCAAUAUGGUUACUUCUUUCAUGAGUAACAGUUUCUCAGAGAUUGUGAAUGCACCUCAUAAGAUAAACCUAAUUCUUUUACUUGUUCGUUCACAUAGUAUGAACCAUGUUGAUACAUGAAGGUACCAUAUAUGUUGAGGACCUUGGCUUACAAUUUUGCACAGAGCUACUUGUUUUUUUUUUUGACUGAUGGGAGUCCAUUUGCUGAAGCAAAGCAUUGAGGUAGGAAUUAAGAGUAGAGGAGAGUUCAAAAUAACCACAAGAUAGAUAGUUACAUAUUAUGAAUAUGAAGAAAGCCAAUAAACAUGAGCUGCAAUGGCUAAUCCUAGCAUUGACACAGUUUGGUAUUUUUUUGCUCUUUUAUUUUUAUUUUUCAUACUCAAAUGUAUUUAGUCUUUGCAAAAGAAAAUUAUGUAGAAUAGCCUAUCUCUUCUGCACCAUGCCUUCAGCCUAAAAAUACUUCCUUCUUGCCGAGUUCUGUACUGAGGUAUACGAUAAAAUGAUUUGUCCACUCUAAUUGGACUAAGUUUUGUUCUGGUACUCUUUACCAGAUUUGGAGGUUCAUUUUGAAUUGGACUGCAAUCCGUCCGAAUUAGGCCGAUCAAAUGAUUGAAUCAAUGAUUGAAUUCAUGAGCUCAGAGUCAAAAUGUUCUGUAAUCACGAACCAACUGAAGUGUGCAAUUGCUUUGGGGGUGUGCUUCCUGAUUCCACCCAUGGUGCCUAAAGAGGGAUUAUUGAUGGCUAUGCAACAGUCACUGAAUGUUGAUUUUAUUCACAGAUCAGUGUGUGUGUGUGUGUGUGUAAUAAUAUAAAUUAUUUAUAUUUUUACUGCUCUUGUUUUUCUUGCUUUUGGAUACUUGUUCACACUAGAUCUGUGAACCAAUUGGUGGGGAAAUGCUCCUAUCUGUUUUAUGCAGUACACUGGACCUAUUUUGCUCCCUUUGGUUUGCCUGAUUUCGUCCCUGAACCAGGUUUUUGGUACCGAUAUUCUGCCUAGCUGAACCAACAUUCUGCUAAUUUGGCCAAAUGUUCCUGUUGUGCAUAAGUCUACUUUAUCUCUGUUUGUCUGCAGAAUUCUAGUACUUUAACAAUAAGAUAGAUAUAUAUAGAUAUAUAUAUAUAUAUUUUAUUUAUUUUUUUUAGCUAGGUAAACUAUAUUUCUGUAAACAUUAGAUCCUUGAAACAAAAAUAAAAAAUUUCAAGAUUUCCUUUAAAAUGUACUCCAAUAGAAAUAUAUUUUUAGUAAUUAAAAAAUGGUAAAAUAAUUUUGUCAAAUGCCAUUGCCUGAAUUAAACGAUUACUAAAGUGCAUCAUUUUAUUACUCCGUGUCCAAAUAGAAAACAAUUGUAGACAAUUAUCUAAACCUCUUAAAUUCAAGUGAAACCUUUGUUUGCUUUUUUGGAAAUCACAAUUCUUCCUGAUAAUCUCAAAGCAUGCUGAUAAAUAUGUAAAAUCUAUUAAUGUGUUUUUGUUUCAUUUUUUUCCUAGGCAUUUGUUAAAGAUGUACAUGAGGAUUCCAUAACCGUUGCCUUCGAAAAUAAGUAAGCACAUAAAAAUGUGAUGACAUCUAUUUUUGUAUUAGUGAGACUCCCCUCCCCCUUCACUUUUUCUUAAAUAUCUUAAUUCUGGCUUAUUGUGUGAACAAUGUGUAGUUUAAAGGUAGUUGCACGCUGGAUAUUUAUCAUACUUUAAAAACAGCUAAUUAAUAAAGUACAUGUUAGAUUUUAUUUUUAUUUUUUAAUAUUCAAGUAUUCAGCUCUAUAGUAAAGUUUUAAAAAUCUUGGAAUGACCUUUUAUUCCUCAAUUUGCUGAAUUGAGGUAGUUUUACAAGUUAAAAAAAAUGGACUUUGCUCUACUUAGAAUAUUACUAGCAAUGAAAAUGGUUCUGAAAUACAAAUAAGCAUUUCUCUGCAGUUUGUGUUGAACAGAUUCAUAAUAAUCUGAGAGUGAGGUGGCUUAACAUUUGGCACUGCAGCUGUUGAGUAUUGGCAGAGCAUCGGUAAAAUGUGAGCACCAACACCUGCAAUUGUAAAUGUUAACCAUCACUAUUCCACUUGCUGUUGUGCCACUGUGUGAUAGACUUGUGCUUGCAGUUGGCAGCCAGAGAGACAGAUCCCAUUCCAUGAUGUAAGGUUCCCGCCUCCUCCAAGUUCUAAUAAGGACAUCAAUGAAAGCGAUGAAGUAGAGGUAAGUACCUCAUUCAUUGUGGUAAUGUUGUGCAUGGAACCUUCAUUCCUGUGAUGUACUAAAUUUUGAACACAAUAAUAGAUAAUAAACUCUUCUUUUUUUUUUCAUUUAUUCUUUUUAGUUUUUGAGGGUGAAAGGCGAAGAUGAUUUCAUGGUAGGUUGUGAGGAAUGUCAGUUUAAUAAACAAAAGUAUUUCCUUUUACAGAUGAACCAUGUUCCCUGCAUAAUUAAACUAUGUUAUGCUUAAUGUGUACUGCUUUUCUGUCUUGACUCAAAAACAUGUUCUCAAUAUUUGUACAUUUUUAUAAAAGGAAAAUUCAUUCUUCAUGCAGUGUCACGGCAAGCUGAGUGUAAUCCACAAAAUGCUUAUUGUCCCUUAAACUGUAGCUUUCAUGAUUGUUUCAUUUUCAUCUCUAAUACCUCAAUGGGCAAAUAAUGUAUGUUUGAUCAUAAUGAACAAUGAUACAUCUCUUUACUUACUGAGAUAUUGGAUUUUAACUUGCUUUCUGUUCAGCACUGAGCACCAAGUUGCCAUUGUGAGUGUUGCGUUUAUGCAACUCUCAUCCCCUACGUAUACAAUUAACGCUUCUUGGGCACAGUUCCCCAGGAUAUUCACAUUGAUGGAGGUGACUGUGAGGGAAAGCAGCAACUUGUUCUGCUCCUGACUCUCAAUUUCAUCAUGGAUGUCUGUUGCUUUAUAGAUAAUAAAUAAAUAAAUAAAUAAAAUAAAAAAAUAAAUAAAUAUAUAUAUAUAUAUAUAUAUAUAUAUAUAUAUAUAGCUAUCAGUUCUGCUAGCACAUUGUGUAGGUGAAAUUGUGCACUCUUAUAAAAGAACAUAAAGUUGUGUAUAAGUUACACUUUUAUGCAUAGUGGACAGUUUCAGAAUGGUGCAUAAUGAUUUUAGAGUUGACCUUACAUGCUUUAUGGCUGCUAUAGGGUGCAUGUGCAACAGCCAGGACAAAACCCUCAGGUAGAAAUAUAAUUUAAUCUACAAAUUUGCUUGUAAUUUAACUAUGUGAAGGAUAGUAUAUUAAAGGAACACUAUAGAGUCAGAAAAAUAAAUGUGUAUUCCUGACCCUAUAGUGUUUAAAAACACUAUUUAAGUUGUCAUCCCCACUUGCCUCCUUUAAAUAAGUUUAAAAACGUACAUUUAUUUCAGCGCCCUGCCCUCAAUCUGGCAAAGCAUUGAAUUGGCAGAGCUUGUCAAUUCUGAUGAUCUCAGCAAAGCAAGUGAGGCGAGGGCAGAGCUAUACGCCAUGCUGACAAACAGCAUCUCCUCAUAAAGAUGCAUGGAAUCUACGUAUGUCUAUGGGGAAAGUUCAGUGCCUCCUUGCAGAGUUCCGGAGACACUGAACGUCAGUGCUUCAUGUUGUGCAGCACUGACCCUGGAUGCACCUCUACUGGCUGUCUCAGUGACAGCCACUGGAGGUGUCCCUAGGCACCAAUGUAAACACUGUCUUUUCAUGUGUCUCUGAAAGACAAUGUUUGCUGGGACAUACUAUACACACCAGAACAACUACAUUAAGCUGUAGUUGUUCUGCUGACUAUAGUGUCCCUUUAACAAUUACUUCAUACUGCACAUUUUAUAUUGGCUAAAAAUUUAUGCCAAGUAAAAUGUGCGAUAUGACUAAUUUUAAACAUAGACUAAUUUUGAACAGCUUUUUCAAGAUGUUGACAGCCGUACGCCAUAACAAAAUUAUAAUUUUAAUUCUAUUCAUUCCCAGAAAUCUACUUAUUGUAAAUACAUGUUCUAUGUCUAGGCUGUGAACUGGGUUUGAAAAAUGAAUUAAGGAUGUAAAAUAAGACUUUUUGGAUUUGAAUGCAAAACACAGUUUACUCUGGAGAAUUAUUUUAGGAUUCCAUUCACUGUUAAUAAAGUUCUUUGUGCAACUCCAACUGAAAGGACUGCAUGUGUUUUGUUUUUUUUUGUUUUUUUUUCUGUAUAAAUGUUAUAUUUGGUAAAUAUUUUGAUAAAAUGCUACUUUUGCAGAAUGUGUAUGCUUUGUUACUCACAGACUUUCAAGAGAAAGUUAGCUUUUUACUAGAACAAACCAUUAGGUCCUCUUUAUUUCAAUUUUUUUUUUUUUUUUUUUUAACAAGCUAAAAACUAAAAGUGUGUCCCUUGGUGCUGGGUCAUGCUCCGCCCACGCUCCUCCACUGCCGUCAGCCGGUGGGGGAGACCUAAUGCCCAUGCGCGGCAAUGGCCGCUUGCGCAUUAGACCUCCCCAAAGGAAAGCAUUACUCAAAGCUUUCCUAUGGGGAUUCCAGUGACGCUGGAGGUCCUCGUGCAUAGCAUGAGGAUGUCCAGCGUCGUUUACAAUACUUUUUGUGUUUUUAGAUCCCGGAAGCCCUUCUAAUAGCUGUAUCAUAGACAGCCACUAGAGGAGGACUUAACCCUGCAAGGUAAUUAUUCCAGUUUAUAAAAACUGCAAUAAAUACACUUAAGGGGGGUUGGGGGGGGGGGCACCCAGCCCACUCCAAUGGGUAGAAGUAGUCUGGGUGCCUCUAGUGUCCCUUUAACCCCUUAAGGACCAAACUUCUGGAAUAAAAGGGAAUCAUGACAUGUCACACAUGUCAUGUGUCCUUAAGGGGUUAAACCAGUUUUUGGAAGGUUCAAGGAAUGUAUGAAGUGACAUAAAAUGUCUUAACCUAGCUAUAUAACUAAAGGAACGUCCCUUAGGUACAAUGAACACCAAUUGUUUUAUAUUUAAAUUCAGUAUUUUAUCUUUGUUGUGAACAGGGUAAAGGUUUGGGGGGGGGGGAGGAUAUGGAGGUUGAAUGAGAGCUUGAAAGGGGAUUAGAAGGUUGAGGAGAGAGGUAUGAUGAACUAAAUAAAUGUGGGGAGAUGUGAUGUAUUGUAUAAUGUCAGAGAGAGAUGAGGAGAGUGAAUAAAGGAACAUGUGAUAAGUGAGGGGUGGUAAAAUGAACGUGAUUAAAUUGACAGAUUUAUAGGGAAUGAAGAGGACACCUUUGGAGAGGUAUAAUGUUGCAGUAAUGAUAGAUUAAGCUCCAUAUCCAUUAUAUCUUAUUUUGGUGCCAGGUGUCACCACUGUUAAAGGUAAAAUGGUUUUGAAUACUUUGACACUAAACUGGGUUCCCCCUGUGAUUUGAGUCUGUGCAAAAUACACAGAUCUCAUUAUAGUGGAAGUUCUCCUUCCACUUUAGCAAAAUCUGUUAUAACUAUCUUUGGAAAGAAUGUAUAUGCUGAGAGCCUCAGUUGAUAUUCUUAAUCCAAAGAAUUCCUUACAAAUGUAACAAAAUUAAUGUUACUAAAGCAAAAAGGGGUCGUUAGUUUUGGGAAUAUCUGUAAAGUAGAUAUGGACUGCGGGUGCCCUGUUAAGUGUCAAACCAGUUGAAAAUUAUUUGACUCUUAUCAGAGGACUCCUGUCACUGUUCUUGUUUGCCAUCUUAUUCCGCAGCGCUUUACAAUAUUAUAAAAUGGAACAAGACCAUUAAAAAAAAAAUGUUACAGGAACAAUGAGGGCUGCUCAAAUGAGCUUGCAGUCUAGAGGAGUCAGUCAUUAUGCCUUAAUGGUUGUUACUUAAAAUGCCCCAUUUUCCAUGAAGAAAAUGCAUAUUUUAAAGGUUUUGCCAUGAAGAUAAGAAAACAUGGCUCUAUCAUAUUUGUAGUCUUUACAGGUUCUGCAAAUACCUUUCUAAGUGUCAUGUCUUCUUGAUGUGUAGCAGCCCGGGGAGAAGCUAAAGGAAGAUAACCUUACUAGAAGGUUGCCCUCUGUUUGUAGUUCCUGGCGAAUCAUCUGCCAGGAGUCCACACUGUUAUACUCUUGCGAAUGUGCAAGAGCACAAACGGACUAUAGAAUUGACUGCAGAUCCUUCAUAGAUUUUCUUGCACAAUAUGCGUGAAGAUGCAUUUUUUCCACAGCCAACGCUAGAAAAAUCUGUUGGGUAAUGACAAAAGGGGAGCUUCUGAGCUUUUUUUCUUCAGUCUUGCUUUUGCCCAUAACAAAAGUUAGUUCCUAGUUUAUCUUAUGAUAUGGAGUUGGAAUUUCGAUGAAAUAUCAACAUCAACAACACUAUUAUUUCACGUUGAAGUUUACUAUAUGCAAUAUUGAGAAGUGGCAUAGCUGCCACUGUUCCAUACAAAUCUUUACAAGAAACACUAAGCAUGCAUAUCCAAUGCUUCUGCAAUUUUUGUUGAACUCCUUAUUGCCCAUAUAUUGGUUCAGCAAAAGCUAAAGCAGAACACUGAAGAAAAUUCACGUCACUUCCUUGAAUUAUGAAUGCCACCUAUCGGCCUAUGUAAUAAAUAUGUAAUACCACGUUUUGUCGUAUUUUUGUUUUACAUUGUUCACCUCUAGUGAUGUCCCGAACUGUUCGCCGAACGGUUCGCCGCGGACUCAUCAUUGAGUAAACUUUGACCCUGUACCUCACAGUCAGCAGACACAUUCCAGCCAAUCAGCAGCAGACCCUACCUCCCAGACCCUACCACCUCCUGAACAGCUCACUAAGAAUGCAGCUUCACAAUGGAUGCUGUCCAGGAGGUGGGAGGGAGGGUCUGCUGCUGAUUGGCUGGAAUGUGUCUGCUGACUGUGAGGUACAGGGUCAAAGUUUACUUAAUGAUGAGUCCGCGGCGAACAGUUCGGGACAUCACUAUUCACCUCUAGAAUUUUUGCUUUAGAACAUAACAUAAUAUCUUAUAGCCUCUAAUGUGUUUUAGCUGAAGGACAAUUCAGGAGUAAAUUUAAGAAUUUUUCUGUAUUGUGUACAUAAAGUAUUAAAAUCACUUCAAAGUAAUAACCAAAUAUUUAAAAGAUAGAGGCCGAACUUUGAAAGUGGUUGUGUGUGUGUGUGUGUGUGUGUUUUUUCAGGGAUCUGCAUUGUAUUAUGGUUAUUCAGUGUCAUGGAAGAACUGGCAGGAUUAACCCAGCCAAUCGUUUAGCUUUAAUCAUUUUGAUUUGGUGAAUUAGUGAGUGUAAAAGAGAGAUCCGAAGCACCAAAAAUGUAUUAUUGUAAUAAAGCCGUUUUGGUGUAUAGCCCACACCCUUGCAGUCUCACUGCUAAACUGUCUUUCAUUUAUGAGUUCUAUCUCAUUUGUUUUUGUUUAUGCUGUCCUAGCUACACUUUUCUUUGACUCUCAUAGCCAACAUGUAAAACUUGUUUUAUUUUUAAUCAGAUCUCAUAGCAAAGUGUGUGUGUGUGUGUGUGUGUGUGUGUGUGAAUAUAUAUAUUUUUUUUUAUUUUUUUUAGAGUUUGUCAUGCUUUGUUAACUGAACUUUAAUCACACACAAGGCUCCUGCAGGCUUGCAACAGAGGAAGAGAUAGGAAAUUCUAAAUUAAACACACUGCAAAUUUACAAAAAGUGUUUAGGUAGGCUGAGUAAAUAACAGGCAGGGAAAUGUGUCUAGGACUGCAUAAACAAAGUGACUUAACUCCUAAAUUGUGGAGAUUUGUGCAUGAAUGUACGAAGACACAUGCGAAUGCUACCUAAUUGUUCAAGUCUAUAGAGAAACACAAUCAUGAUCAGUACAGCAAUUGUACUUUUGCUAUUGACUUUAAAUAAGGAAUACAAUAAAGUAUGUUAGUGAAAAGGAAAGCCAUUGGCAACUUCUAUUCAUUUGUACAAGAGUUGCCUCAUUCAUUAUUUCAUGUAAGUAGAGAAACCAUUUCUGAUCUCUUCCCCAUAUGCACAUCAGUGUCGGAGUAAGAUUUUUUUUUAUUUUUAUUUUUUACAUUUAUUUUUUUUUUGUAAACUGUAGCAUGCCUUUACUUCCCUUCCAUACUUAAAUGGAACAAAUUAGUUGAAUAAAGAUCUUAAUUAUCAUGCAGACUAGAGACCUCAUUGAUUGGAGUGAGGCUAUAAACAUAACUUUAAGCUUGGUGGUUUUUAAAAGGAUAAUAUACUAGUUCACUUAACAAAUCCUUGCAUUGAUUAUUUGAUAUUUUCCAACUUAGGAGUGUUUUUUUUUUUAUUAUUAUUUUUUAUUUUAUUUUUUUAAGUGUGUACUGUCUAUUCUGGAAAUUACACAAAUGAAUAAAAUGUUAAAAAUAACUUGUUAACUUUUUUCAUGUGAUGAUUCUCUUUUACAUUUAUAUAAAAACAUUUAGCCAAUUACAUUAUAGUCAAGUUCGGGUAAGGCAAAUCCAGGACAAAUACUGGAAAAGAGGAGGAGAAAUAGAAAUGUUUCAUUUCUCGCUUUCUCUAUGCUGACUACCAGGUGCAAUGAAUAGAGCACAUGACAAUGAUUGACAACAUGCAGGAGCCCAGUUGCAGGAUAAAAAGUGUGAAUUUCUACAUUUCUAUUUUUGUCACACCUUACAAAUAAUUUUUGGGUUUAAUAUAGGGAUUAGUAAAUAUAGAAAUAUGAAUAAAUCAUGGGAAGUGACAUAUGCCCUUGAAGUCCAGAUUUGUUGGUUAUUCUUCAAACUUUUUAAAGCUGCUGUGGUGUCAUUGGAACAGUUAAUUAAUGAAGGCUAUUUUUUAUGGGGACUGUACGGGAUCCCUUAUUAAAAUUCAUUUGGUACUUUAGCAUGUGUUGUACAACUUUGUAGAAUGAACUCCUGUCUGCUUGCAUCCCUUAAUGUCAGAUGGCUAUUUUUUGUUAACAUGCACUGCUUUGUUUUUGGGUUUUUUGUCUAUGUAAUGGGGAAUUUAGUCUUAAUAUUUGCAAUUGUACAAAUGCAUAUAAGGAGGUGCUGAAGAUUGUUUGUCUUACAUUUAAGCAUAUUCGUAAUUUGUUCAUCUUGAAGGUCCUCUUAAUGUUUUCUAGGUCUAUUCCAGGGCGAAUGAGAAGGAGCCAUGCUGCUGGUGGCUUGCUAAAGUUAGAAUGAUAAAGGGUGAGGUAGGAAUAUGUCUGUUUUAUCCUUCUUAUAUUUAGUAUAUAUGUAAACCAUAUUAAAAUGUAUGUAUUAAAACAAAUUGAUUUGAAGAUUAGUACAUAUUUCCUAAUAAACAUAAAAAUUAAAGGACCGUUAAAUUAGGACAGAUCAAUGUUUUAAAUUAAAACUAGGAUUUUUCUUAUAUUAUUUUUUUUCCACUCAGUUUUAUGUUAUAGAAUAUGCAGCUUGUGACGCUACAUACAAUGAAAUUGUCACCAUUGAACGGCUACGAGCUGUGAAUCCCAACAAGCCUGCAACAAAAAACACUUUCCACAAAGUCAAGUUGGAAGUGCCUGAAGACUUGCGACAAAUGUAUGUACAAUCGUUAAUUUGUAUGUUAUUUAAAACACCUUUAACUUCACCUUUUAACUUACACUUCCAUAACCAAUGGAUAACCCUAUAAAUUAGGGGGAAAGAAAUGUAAAUAAAUGUAAUUUUCCAAAAUUCUAUUUUCUUCAGUAUCACGUAAAUCGGUUAAAAUUCUUAAUUUGCAAAAUUAUCCUAGUUUUCUGUGCUAUUGUUCAUUCAAGGUUUCAAAUAAAUGUUAUGCAAAAUGUUUAUUUUUUUUAUAUAGUGUCAGGAAUACAAAUGUAUUCCUGACACCAUUGCGGCUGACUCUGCCUUUGUGGCUGAGAUAUAUUUUGCUGACUUUAGGCAAUCCAGUGCUUUCCCGUAGGGCUUUCCCGUAGGGAGGCUAUUGCAUUUUCGCCGUAAAAUGCGCUAAUUAGCCUCUAUCUAUCCAUGCAGAACAUGGAGAUGCUGAGUGCCAGUACUGCACACUGUGUAGACUUGAUGGGCAUGAUAAUAGACUAGUUGGGUAUUACCAGGGCACUCAAAAAAUACAUAAAUACAUUUCUAAACAAGAAAUGUUAGUUGCAAGUCUCAACUAAGGCAUUAGUCAUUAAAAGCAAUUCAGAACUCUAAAUUAGGUGUCCCUUUCCCCAUAUUAGUUUAGAAUUAAAAGGACACUACAAGCAGAGAAUAAUCUAGGCCAGGGAUAGGCAACCUUCGGCAUCCCAGAUGUUGGGGACUACGGCUCCCUUGAUGCUUUGCCAGCAUUAUGGCUGUAAGAGCAUUAUAGGAGAUGUAGUACAAAAUAUCUGGAGUGCCAAAAGUUGUCUAUCCCUGGCCUAGGCUUAACAUAUAUCUUGUGGUGCAAAGAGCUUUUGAAUGCACUUAAUUGUAAGACGGGAGAAUCUAGGCACUAUAACAACUUGAGAUGAAAUUGGACUGGUUCCCAGAAUAUCCCUUUAAAUUAACAUAUCGCAUAUAAUUGGCACCCACACCUCUCACUUGGAGCCUAAGCUACACACAUUUUAGAAUGUGAUGGAGAGCUGCUUAAUUUGUUAGCCAUUUGUGAGAUAUUGGAAAUUUGGAUUGGGUAACCCACUGACAUUACUGUGAAUAGAUUUGUUUUUACCUAAAUGCAGUAGAGUUUCCUCAAAUGUUGAGAAAUGAGGGUCAUGAGAGAAUAUUCUAUGUUGAAACUCUUUCAGCCAUAGAAAUAUUUUAGAAAUUUUCACAAUUGGACAGCAAACGUUUUGCUCAUGUUAGUCUGUAACCUAUUCAAUUCGUUAGCAUAGUUUUAAAUAAAACCAUUUAAUUUUGCACAAAAACACCUUGUUCUUUUUAUUCCUGAUAGAGGUGUUCCAAAUUGAGUUUUAAUUGAUUCAGUCAUAUGCCUGAGCUAUGUCUCAAAUUUAUUUGACCUGACAGGUAAACGAGAGAUCAUCAUUGACAUUAAGUAACAGUAGUUCCAAUUAUCUGAAAGGCACGAGACUUCUGGUUUCCUCCUGAUUUGUGCACGCUGCCGCUGUCAUGUUUUAUAUUGACACCAAUGCAUUUUCCUUUUUAACCCCUUAUGGACCAAACUUCUGGAAUAAAAGGGAAUCAUGACAUGUCACACAUGUCAUGUGUCCUUAAGGGGUUAAAGAGUGUAUUGGUGAAGGGCUUGAGGUCCAGAAAUAUUGGCUAAAAGCAUUUUUUCCAAGUGUUGACCCUUUUAAGCACAGAUACUUGUAGUAUUUGGUAAUUUUAUUUAAAAAAAAAUACUGAUAUUGACUUGAUUCACAGUAGGUAGUUCCUCCUGUACAUGUUUGGCAUAGCAUGUAAUUUUAGUUAUUCUUUGGGCAUACAACAAAAAGCCAGUAAACAUUCAUUGGUCUUGUAAAAUAAAGUAUAACUUUUAUAAGAAUAGGAAUAACAAAACCACUGUGGCAGGAAAGUAGUGACCGUAAUAAAAAGUAGAUGACAAAUCUGAAAUGACCUACAACAUAUGUUCACACUUGUGCAGAAAGGAUUGUCCAAGUCCGUCUUACAUUUUAUCUCAUUUCAACCACAUUUAAACAUAAGCACCAAGUAUCUGGCAUAAGAGGGAAUGUUUAUUUUUACUGUUGCUCUUACGGUUCUUAGGUGGAGUCUGCAUCUACAAUACUUGGUGACAUGGAGCAUAAGAAAGACUGAUUAAUUCAUAACUCAUCGCUCUUUUGAGUUAAUCUGUCAGGUCAAAGACACAAACAAAAUAUCUCUCGUGACCAACACUGCUGGUUUCUUUAAUUUAGCAAAUAAUUUACAGACACAAUAAAUACUAACAUUACUAAUAGAAUAACUGUUUCAAUAUUAAAGUUCUAAAAUACAAAUGCAGCUAAACAUACAGAAAGGCCAAAUCUUUAACUAUCCUCUGUGUACACCUUGGCAUUGAGUAACCGUAGUGACAAUCUAGUAAGCCUUGUAUAUUUGACAUUUGGUGCUGCAAUACAGUGUAGAUAUGAUAGAGAAACUGCAAUGUUUACAUAACAGGGCUGUGGGAAAAGUACACUGCACCCAGACCACUUCUAUAAGAUGAAGUGGUUUGGGUGCUUAUAUUGUCCCUUUUUGUUCAAUAUGUAAUUUGUUUAGUAAGAUUGGAAAUAACAAAUGGACUGUUGCGGAGUAUUGUUUGUAAAUGUAAAUUGUUUACACAAUUUUAAAAUUGUCAGCCAUCCAAUCUGUUUAAUAUCCAUAAUUUCCUAAUUUUACUUUAUUAAAUUAUUUAAGAAAUCAUAUAAUUCAGCCAAGUGACAGACAACUGCAUGAAAACUCACCCGCAUGAUUUUGGUGAGAUUCUUAUUAUGGUACAGCGCUACAGAGUCUGAUGGCGCUAUAUAAAUAAUAAAAAAAAUAUCAAUGGUCUGUAAGCCCAAACUAAAAAAAUUUUUUUUUUGUUGUAUAUUGUAAAAUAAAAUGUAUUUGUUUCUAGUUCCUUCCGGUGUAUUUUUUUUUGGUUUAGUUUGUGAUGUUCUCUUCCAGGUGUGCGAAAGAAUCUGCACAUAAAGAUUUCAAAAAGGCAGUGGGAGCAUUUUCAGUAAGCUACGAUUCAGAGAACUGCCAGCUUGUUAUUCUGGUAAGAAGUAUUAGUAUAGCCACCAUAACCACCCUAAAUGUGAAUAAAAAGUUAAAAAUCCUGAAAUCAUCAGUCUGACAACAGAAGUUGUAUAGUAAUGCACUUUAUUAUUAAAGUAUUUUUUUAAAUUUAUUUCUAGCAGAAUACAGGGCAUCUAUUAACUAUACAUAAUUCUCCCCCCAAAGGUUUUUUUGAUAUUUAUAUUAAUGCAUUACAAAAUUGGGACCAAAUACAGCCUUGAGUGUCCCAGUACACAUGUGAGCACUAGUAUGAAUGGAGAUUAUCUGGGUGUGCACAGUAAAAAUAUUGGCUUGUAAUUUUCUGAACAUACUUUAAACACAGGUGCAUAUUUUAUCAUUUUACACAAUUAUGUUCACAUUGAUUUCAAUCACAUGUAUUCACUUUUCUCAAAACAAGGAUACCCAGGUAUAAUACAAAUGAUCGAAUACCAACACUCAUGCACACAAACCUAUACCUACAUUAACAGAAAAAUGUUAUUGACAAUCAACACAGUUAAUUUCUCUGCAGAACCAGUAAUCGUAUGAUAGUAAUUGAGAAGAUUUAGUAAUUUUGUGUUAUAUAUACACAUAUAUAUAUAUAUAUAUAUAUUUAAUUCCUUUCUCCUUUCCCUCUCACUGUGUUUGUAAUUCAUGUGAUGAUUGAUUUGCUCUUUUUAUUUACAAGCGUUCAUAUAUCUAUAUACAUUCCCCUCUUGUUAUUCAGUCCGUCAAUGAAGUCACCAUUAAAAGGGCAAACAUGCUGAGUGACAUGCAUUUCCGAAGUCUUCGUACUAAAUUGUCCCUGAUGUUGAGAAAUGAAGAAGCCAGCAAACAACUUGAAGUACGCUUCAAUUAUAUAUAUUUUUUCUUAUUUUAUAUCAUUAGAUAUUUUAAAAUUUAAUUAUACACUUGAGUAUUUAAAGCAUCUUAUGUGGCAUGUAUAAGUCUAUGUGAACAUAUGUCCCCAGUGCAAAUAUACCUUUCUUUGCAAUUAUUUUAUAAGAUGUUUUACAUAUUUAACUCUAUGUGCUGCAUUGUUUUUUUUUUUUUUGUUUUUUUAAAGGUACAAACAUUUUGCGUUACUAUGUUUUGUUCUAAUUAUUGUUUAUAGGGUCAGGAACACAAACAUGUAUUCCUGACCCUAUAGUGUUAACACCACCAUCUGGGCCCUUCAUGCCUCCAUAAACUUAUUGUUUAUAGGGUCAGGAACACAAACAUGUAUUCCUGACCCUAUAGUGUUAACACCACCAUCUGGGCCCCUCAUGCCUCCAUAAACUUAGUAAAAAUCUUACUGUAUUCAAGUCUGAAGCUGUAAAUCUGCAUGCUGUUAGACUCAGAAAAACAAGCAGUCUGCUGACAUGUGGUAGCCUGAUCCAAUCACAGUGCUUCUCCAUAGGAUUGGCUGAGACUGACAAGGAGGCAGAUCAGGGGCAGAGCCAGCAUGAUUCAAACACAGCCCUGGCCAGUCAGCAUCUCCUCAUAGAGAUGAAUUGAAUAGGGAUCGACCGAUAUUGAUAUUUUUUUUUUUUUUUUUUAGAGCCGAUACCGAUAUUCUGUGAACUCUCAGGCCGAUAGCCGAUAUAAUUUGCCGAUAUUCUGUACAUUUACCAUUUUGGAAAAUAAAAACUAUUUCUAAAGGUAAAUGCACAAAAUAUACAUGCCACGUGUAGUGGAUGCAGUGUGACAGGGGAGCUGUGUGUGUGUGUGUAGUGGAUGCAGUGUGUGUAGUGGAUGCAGUGUGUAUUUGUGUAGUGUGUGUGUGGAGUGAUGCAAGUGUGUGUUUGUGUAGUGGAUGCAGUGUGUAUUUGUCUAGUGUGUGUAGUGGAUGCAGUGUGUAUUAGUGUAGUGUGUGUAUAUAAUGAAAGCAGAGUGUUUGUGUAGUGUGUGGGUAGUGUGCGUAAAGUGAAUGCUGUAUAUACUAAAUGCAAAGUGUGUGUAUUUGUGUAGUGUGUGUAGAGUGAAUGUAGUGUGUUUAUAUAAUGCAGUGUGUGUGUGUGUUUGUAUAGUGUUUGUGUAGUGUGCAUUAUAUACACACUAUGCAAACACACAGCAUUAUAUACACACACUACACACACACACACUGCAUUAUAUAUACACUGCACAAACACACACUGAAUUAUAUAAACACACUACACAAACACUGCAUUAUAUACACACACUACACAAACACACUGCAUUAUAUACACAGUGUGUUUGUAUAGUGUGUGUAUAUAAUGCAGUGUGUGUUUGUAUAGUGUGUGUGUUUGUAUAGUGUGUGUAUAUAAUGCAGUGUGUAUUUGUGUGCAUUGUAUAUACAAACACACACACUGCAUUAUAUACACAGUGUGUUUGUGUAGUGUAUAUAAUGGAGAGUGUGUGAGGGGGCAUUUUUUAUUAAAUUAUUAUUAUUUUUUUUUAAUGUUUAAUUAUGAUUUUAUUUUUGUUGUCCCCCCUCCCUGCUUGUUGCCUGGCCAGGGAGGGGGGAUAUAGCAGUCCCUGGUGGUCCAGUGGCAUUGGCUGAGCUUUGUGGGGGGCAGAGAGCAAGCGCUUACUCACCUCGCAGCAGCUCCUCCAGCCCCACAGGUGCAACUCUCGCGGUCAGCGUGUCACGCGGAACGUUGCCAUGGUGACCCGCUCUGACGGCCGCGGGUCUCGCGAGAGUUACGCUGGAGGAGCUGCUGGGAGGUGAGUAAGCGUUUGAUGCCCGCUCCCCCCAGGACCGCCGGGCUUGUAAUGAACCUGGCGGUCCAAGGAUGUAUUAUCGGCAAUAUAUGUAUCUGAAUUGGCCGAAAAUACCGAAUAUCGGCGAUUAUAUUGGUAAAACCGAUAAUCAGUCGAUCCCUAGAAUUGAAUCCAUGAAUCUCUAUGAGGAAAGUUCAGUGUCUGCAUGCAGAGGGAGGAGAUACUGAAUCACAGGAUGUUGGGCACAGUGCUACCCUGUUCUCUGCUGACAGCAGAUCUGAGUGGGUGGAGGCAUACUAUGCCUCCAUGAACUCCGAAGUCCCUCUGGUUCACUCUGAGCGACUGCAACUGGAGGUGUUCCUAGCUUUCAAUGUUUACAUGAGAGACUGCAGGGAGCUGUAGUUCUCACCUGAACAACCUCAUUAAGCUGAAGUUGUUCAGGUGACUAUAGUGUCCCUUUAAAAUGUUUCUCUUGCAUACCUCACUUUCGUUAAGUUGUUCCCUGUUGUAUUUCAUCUUUCUUGUUUGGGGAAAUUGGUGUGAUUUUUAUUUUUUAUAUUAUUGCAUUUAAAAUGAAAGCCCUUCUGGAACAGUCUUAAAGAUGGAUUUUUAGUUUUUGUGGCAUUGUGAUUGCAUAGUGCCAUUAAAUAGAAGCAAUUCCAACCUUUAGAUUUUCAUAGAGUCAAACUAAUACAGUGAUUUUUCUAUUCUUGGACACAAAGUGCUUCAAUUUUUACCUUGUCAUUGGAAUUUAAGCUGAUGGAAGUUCAAAUUAUAGUAGAGAAGCAUAUUGUUAUUUCAAAGGCUUAUGUAAAGAAAAAACGCAUUUGGAGUCUUAUUAAAUAAUUUGUAGACUGUUAGAGGGAGAGAGCUGUAACGGCAUGUUUAAAAAGGUAAACUGUAGUAAACUUUUUAAAACAUUUUGCGCAAAUACGAAUUUAAGGGUCCAGGCUGCCUAUAAAUAGUUAGAGGCUCAGGUUGUAUAACUUUAUGAGAACUUUGUCAGAUUCACCAAUUUGAGAAUGCAGAGAAAGCAUUCUGAUUAUUGGUUGGACAUUGACAAGAAUGCAUCUGAUUAUUAAUAUGCCGGCAGUACUUGACACCAUCGGCAUAUGGUUUAAAAAAGAAAAAUCUAGUCCAUUGCAGAUGUUUAACUGAAUGUUUAUCAGAAGAUAAUGUUUACAUACAAAUGUUAUACUGUUCUAGUAACUAGAUGACCCUUCCUCCCACCCCCACCAUUACCUCGUUUCCCCUGGCCCAGCAUCCUUGGUUGAAAUAAUCAGUCCUGGUUCUGGUGGAGAGACUGAAUGUUGUACUUGCAUUCUUUACACUGCUCAACCUGCAGGGACGCCAAAACCACCAGAUUAAGCUGUAAUGGUAAUGGUGCCGGUAAUUGCCCUUUACAUCAGAGUCCUUGAUCAAGCUCUACAAGUUUGCACAUGUGCUCUGAAUUAUGUAAUCCUCUCUUUUCUAGACUCUUAAGUCUUGACAUCUAUUGUGUCACCAAUAUGAUUACCUCUGUUUUUAGUAAUGCUCAGCUUAAGCAAUUUUCCACUAACCCACUCUAGAAGACGAACAAGAAAGUAGUUUUUCAUUGCUCUAUUUUAUAAAUAAUGCAUUAUUAACUAUAUGAAGUUUCAAUAAUGCAAAGUAAUGAAGAUGUGCAUCUUUUAAAGUUCCUCAAUUUGUUCCUUGAGAUUUGCAACAUCUGAAUAAGCCCAGGUAAUGACUCUUAAAGGACCACUAUAGUGCCAGGAAAACAUACUCCUUUUCCUGGCACUAUCGUGCCCUGAGGGUGCCCCCACCCUCAGGGCCUUAAUCCCGCCGGGCUCUAAGGGGUGGAAGGGGUUAAAUUUACCUCUUUCGCCAGCGCCGGGCGGGGACUCUCCUCGUCACCGGCUGAAUGCGCAUGCGCGGCACGAGCCACACGCGCAUUCAGCCAGUCCAUAGGAAAGCAUUCACAAUGCUUUCCUAUGGACGCUGGCGUCUUUUCACUGUGAAAAUCACAGUGAGAAGCGCCUCUAGCGGCUGUCAAUGAGACAGCCACUAGAGGCUGGAUUAACUCAUAUGUAAACAUAGCAGUUUCUCUUCUGUUUAUAUAAAAAAGGGUUAAUCCUAGCUGGACCUGGCACCCAGACAACUUCAUUAAGCUGAAGUGGUCUGGGUGCCUAUAUGUACAAUAAGGGAGAGGGCACUCUCUUGCUUGCAUUGUACAGAGAAAACUUUAUUCUUGGACUGCCCUUCAGAUUUGAGCUGGAUCUCCCUUUUUUUCUUUGUCAUCAGCAGGUACUCAUUCCUUUUCAUUGCUAUGCAGUCUCAUAAAUUCUAACUGUAACUUGACAAGGAUGUUGUUUGCCAACCAAAUUUCCAUUUAUUAUAAGGGAGGUUUGGAUUGGAUUGGUUUAAUAAAAAGAUCUUAAUCCUGAUCCCUUUAGAGUUGGUCAAAAAAGCACUAUACUAUUUUGGGAUAAUUAAAUCUAUACGUGCUACUAUAGAGUGGGUUAUACCUGGCUUUUAUUGAGCUUUUUAUGUUUUUUUGUUUGUUUGUUUGUUUUUUUUAAUAUGUUCAAAAUGUUGUUUUUAUUAAUACUUUCUAAAUUAUUAUACUGAAUAACAUGUUAAAAUUGUAUUUAAUUUCUUGAACACAGAUUUUUUUUAUUUUUUUAUUUUGUUACUGUAGCUUGUCUCUUUGAAGGUAUAUCUGUUAUUUUUCUUUUCAGAGUUCAAGGCAGUUAGCAUCUCGAUUUCAUGAACAAUUUGUUGUACGGGAAGAUCUUAUGGGUCUUGCGAUUGGUACUCAUGGAGCCAAUAUUCAGCAAGCUAGAAAGGUUCCUGGUGUAACUGCAAUCGAUUUGGAUGAGGACACGUGUACAUUUCAUAUUUAUGGAGAGGUAUGAUUUUCAGUUAGUCAAUAUAUACUUUGUUAAAGUCAUUGAACACUACAGCAUUUCUGUAUAUAGAUGGUAUGCUUUAGUAAUACAAACCUACCUGGCCUCUACUGGGGUGUGGAUAAGGCAGAGAUUACACACUUACUUGUAGUCAUACCCAUUCAUAAAAGCAAUGGAAGCCCUGAUAGACUAAAAUCUGUCAGCCAAUCAUCCAUUGUUUUCAGGCCAAUACUUCUUAAUUCGCCAAAACAGCUGAAAGGGCAGCAUCAGGGGAUUCCAGACACUUUAAACUGUUCAAUGAGACGCAGAAACUAUGCCUACACUGUCCCAUUUAAAGGACCACUAUAGGCACCCAGACCACUUCAGCUUAAUGAAGUGGUCUGGGUGCCAGGUCCAGCUAGGGUUCACCUUUUUUACUGUAAACAUAGCAGUUUCAGAGAAAAUGUUAUGUUUACAAAUGGGUUAAUCCAGCCUCUAGCGGCUCUCUCAUUGAUUAACCCCUUCCUCCCCCCACGGCGCCACGGGAGUGGGACGAGUAUGUUUUCCUGGCACUAUAGUGGUCAUUUAAUACAUUUUCUGUGCUGAGUUAAAAACAGAGAAUUGGGUAUAUACCGGUGGUUUUUUUUUUGGAUCUGAUAUGUUUAGGCUGUGACUUUAUUUUGAUUACAUUUUCUUUGCAGAGAUAGUAAUCUAACACAAUCAACUUUCAAAGAAAAAUAAAUUAAAGUAUUUAUUUUUUAGUUUGACAUGGAUCAAACUAUUUUAAAUGUAAAUGGUAGGGGCUAUGUGCAUUUAUACACUGGGUAACUCCUAGAGCUUCACUUGCGUUUUGGUUUAUCAUUUUGUUUUAGUUUUCUUAGAAGUAGAAAAACAAAGACCCCCAUGUUGAAAUGUAUAUGCAUAAGUAUACCAUAUUUAUUUAUUUUGUGCUACAUUUGUGCUAGUUGACUGCUAUAAAUGCAAAAAGCAAGCAUGCACUGUCUAACUUUUUGUAACAGGAACUGAGACGAAUUGGUUAUUGUAACAUUACACCUAUGCCUUCCAUAUUACCCUGUUGUAAAAAGGUUUCUAGAACCUCAUGGUGAGGACUUGAUAGUCAGUGCAUACUCAAAUUUUUGUUCUGAUCUGAAUAGGUCUGUAAAGCUUUUACAUUUAUUUGCUCUGUUAGUAUCCUUGAACUUAACAGGAGAACUAAAAUUAGCAGAGGGAUCUUGACCAUUUUGUAGUCUUUGUAAGUGUUCACUGUUCCUUUUUGUAUGUUGAGCUGUACCUCUACAAUAGAAAAGUAAUUAACUAAUGUGUCAUUGUUUUAAAAAGUAAAACAAAUUCUGGUUAUUUUGUAGGACCAAGAUGCUGUAAAGAAAGCCAGGACCUACCUUGAAUUUGCAGAGGAUGUGAUACAAGUUCCUCGAAAUUUAGUAGGUAUGUACUUAUCAGUAUUUUCUUUAAUGGGUGUUUGUUUGUUUUUAAGCAUUAUUUAAAGCGCAUCAUACAGCAUGUAUUUUUUGUGAACACACCAUAGGAAUGUUUCUUCCCAGUAGAGUACUUGUGGCUCUAUGGCCUUUCUCUGCAGGUUACAGUUGGACAUCUGAAAUGCAGGUGCCAGGGAAAGCACCUGUGCAUUUCUACACACGGCUGAACAGUUCUGAGGUGAAAUUCAUUCAGUGGUUGUAAUGCAUUCAACCUGGAAUUGUGAAGCACAUGCACAAAGCAAUUAGAUGUUUCACUCCAAAUUAAAAAAGAGAAAGGCAAGCUCUUAAGAAUGACUGACUCCUCAUAUGAAAUUUUGAGAUUGUUUACCCAAGCUGUGGACUUAUCCAUCCAAAGAACACCUUUUUGGCUAAGAUCAUGGACAGCUGAUACAUCCAAAUAUCCUGGCUAGACAACCUGUUAUAAUAGAUGGUGGAUGGCAGGAAAUGUCUCCCCCAAAGACAAAUAGAACCAGGUGAAGCAGAAUAUGUCUUUUUUUUUCUUUCUUUUUUUUCUAAAGAACAGUCUUCGUAUCAGUAUUAAUUUUGAAGAUCAUGGCUUCAAACAGCUGUUUUACCACAGAUUUGGUAAUUAGGGAAAGGUUUCCGGCAAUAUCACAGGAAUAUAAGAUGGGAAAUUCUACAACUACACCAUUGAAAAGAAAGCAUGUAAGCCAGAUCUAGAGAGGAUUCUUGCUUCAUAUCUGUAUUUACAGGGUAAAAUUGGAUUGCCUCCCUCCUCCUACAUCUGUGUUCAGAGUAAAUUCGGUGAAAUUUGUUUGUCUGGUCAAUGAAGUGGACACUCUAUGCAGUAAUAAGAGUUGUCUCUCUGUCAAGGCCUUAUCCAAGAAUCUUUAUAGUAAAAGAAACUUCUGGCACUUACAAAUUCAAGUGUAUGUCCAGGAAUAUCAUCUUUGUGUAAUCAGGACUUCUUGCAGCCUGUUUUCUGAUUUCUGACUGUGAAAUCCUAAAUUCAAAGAGUGCUGAUCUGGACGUAAUUACUAUCUUGGUUUAAGCUAAAAAGGCAAUAAAGUAUAUAUAUAUCUGUUCCUUUGCAAUAAUAUUGCCUCUUAUUGUGGAAUGCUGAUACUUGGUUGAUGUUCUUUAGUUUGUUGUGACUUCCUGGAUUAUUUAAUCAUAUUUAUUUAACAGUUUGGCAUGGUGGCCUUUCCUAUGAAUAUUUUUCUUUUGUCACAAUCUUUACAAAAACUAACUGGGCCACAUAGUGUGGUGCAAGCUCCUUACUAAACACCUCUUCAUUAAGUUAUUCUGUCCAUUUUUAUGUAAAAAGCAAUUCAUCAAUACUUUGUAAUGUGCAGCAAAGGUUGGUAGCUUUGUAGGGCUAAACAUAAUGUGUGUUUAAGGACAUCCUAGAUAAGCAUUAUUUGACUUAAGUUACUUAAAAUAUGGCUGAUCAGUGAUCCAAAUAUUUAUUUAAAAUUUUCAUCAAUCUUAUGUAUUAAUCAUAUCAGAAUAUUCUUUUUGUAAUGUGAUUCUUUUCAAAAAAUUUCUAAUUGAAUUUUGUUUUGUUUUUUCCAGUAUAUUUAGUAUUAUAAAAUGAAAUCAAAAAUGAAGAAAAGUAAAAUACAAACUGUUUACAUAAACAAACAUUUGAAUUCUACAUAAACAAUAAUACCAUUGCGUCAUUCUUAUUUGUAUCAACAAUAUAUUCAGCAUUAUAUAAUUAAUUCAAAAGAUAGUUUAAUAUAUAUCUGUCUACCUAAACAAACAGUUGCAGCAUACAAUUAUAACAGUACAGUUACUUCAUUAUACUGUAGCUAUGUAUUCUAGUAUUUCCUUUACAUAAGUUAAGCCAAGUUUUAAUCAAUUUAGAAUAACAGUUCAACUAUUAAAAGUUGUAGAAAGUUGUAAAAAAGAAUGUUGACUAUGUGAUAGCAACCAGUCAGAAACUUUUUAUAUUUGAUGCGUUUGAUUCUGGUGGAUGUCAUUCGUCUUAUAAUGAAGUCCAGGGUAGCUGUACAAUUUUGCUACAAACUUACGAAGAGACAUAACAUUCAUCAUUAUAAGUUCUAAGCAUUUAAAGUGCGAUGUUAACAUCCUUUUUUCGUAAAACAUAGAUCACGUUAUGUUUUUAAUUAUUCACAGGUAAAGUGAUUGGAAAAAAUGGAAAACUCAUUCAAGAAAUUGUUGACAAAUCAGGAGUGGUUCGAGUGAGAAUCGAAGCUGAAAAUGACAAGAAUAUUUCCCAAGAAGAGGUAUGUGUGGGAUGCUUUUUCUGUUUUGACUUUUUUGUUGUUGUUGUUAUUAUUAUUAUUAUUAUUAUUAUUGGUUUUAUUUAUUGGAUGCAAGUUUCAAAAUCGUAUGUAUUGUACUUUCAGCUUGGUUCUAAAUUAUUAGGUCAUUCACAGGUUAAUUCUUAAUGUUCUAUGUUGGGGGUCCAAUUUAUUUUGUGUGUGUGUGUGUGUAUGUAUAUGUGUAUAUGUGUGUGUGUGUGUGUUUUAUCGAUAACACAUUUAUGUUCCCACAUGUACAUCACAUUCUUCUGAUUUUUUUUAAUACAGAUAUUUGAUUUCCUUGACAGCUAAUAGUGCUGCUUCUGUUUUACUUUUAAAACUGAUAAUAAGCAAUAUUAAAGGAACACUAUAGUUACCAGAACUACAGCUUAAUGUAGUUGGUCUGGUGAGUAUAGUAUAUCCCUGCAGGCAUUUUGCUGUAAACACUGCCUUUUGCUGCUUGGAGACAUCUCUAAUGGCAGUCACUGACUGCCUCAAGAGGUGCUUCCUGGAUCAGUGCUGGACAACGUGUUGAACUUUCCUAAAAGAUGCAUUGAUUCAACAAUGAUUUUUCUAACACUAUAGGGUCAUGUAUUUCCUGACUAUAUUGUGUUAAUGUAAUGUAUAUUAAACUUUUAUCAAGCCAGAUAAUUUUCUUUGGGGGGUGGGGGGGGGAGGCUGGUUGGUUGUUUUUUGGGGGGCUGCUGUCUUAGUUAAAGAUUUAAUUAUUUUUCUUUCCCUCACAGGGAAUGGUUCCAUUUGUUUUCGUGGGCACAAAAGACAGCAUUACCAAUGCUACUGUUCUUUUGGAUUAUCAUCUAAACUAUUUAAAGGUAAAUAUAUUGAACUCUAGCUGAAGUUAUUCAUUUAUUUUGAUAGUCUGAAUCUGAUUUAUUAAAGUGUUUCUUUUAAAGCAAAUCUAGCAUGGUGGUACUGUACAUAUUUUUAUGUUGACACAUAUAACCUAAAAAUAACAUAUUUUAACAUCCAUAUGGGAGUACACAUAUAUGCAUACAGACACGUGUUCCAAUCUUUAAUUAUGAAUAAAAUAAUUGUAUGUGUUGCUUUCACUUGCACCUUGACUGGAUUACAUUUUAUAAAUUGAAUGAAGUGGACUGUUCAUCCACCAUCUAAAGUUUAUGGCAGGUCCACUUUUUUGUUUUGUGUCACUGCAGUAUAGAGCUGGUAUAUUCAGGCACAUAUCGAACCGUUUGACAGUGUCUGUUAUAGAAGUCUCAGAAGUAAGACAACAUUUUGUGGCAAUAAAAUAAAUGUACUUUCAACUUUAAUGAAACACUAGGAAGUGGACCAACUCCGCCUUGAAAGGUUGCAGAUUGAUGAGCAACUUCGUCAAAUUGGAGCCAGCUCUAGGCCUCCCCCCAGUCGCCCAGACAAGGAGAAGGGAUAUAUGAGUGAAGAUUGUAGUGGCAUGGGACGGGGAAGUCGUCCUUACAACAGUCGAGGACGCAGCAGGCGGGGCACAGGCUAUGCCUCAGGUAAGUCUUUUUAAUUUAUUUUUUAUUUUAAUGCUGCGCUCUUUGUGUAAUCAUACGCCGCCGCCUCUUUUAAACGUCAUGCGUUUACCACCUUUUGUUCUUAAGUGUCUAUCUUCUCAUGCUAAUUUUGUUCACCUAUUGUAUGCAAUAUCUUGCUACUUUAUAAAUAAUAUGUAUAACUUCUCUUUGUAUUCCUAGCACUAUAGUAUCCCUUUAAACUUUCAAAACACAUGAGGCCGCUGCAGUCUCUUGUAGGAAAUUGUCAGAAUAGGAUAUUAGAAUUUCUAAAUUAAAGAUACUGUGAUAGAGCUUAAUAAAAAUAACUCUUUUGUAGCCAGGGGAGCAGUAACUAGCACUACGUAAAAAAAAUAUUUUGUACCUUGACCUUUUUAUUCAUCGCUAUCCCUGUACUCUGAUUCGCUGUUUAAUUAUCCUAUCAUAUUUUAAGCUCCCCCAUCACAAAUUCAUACACAAUAUUUGUCAGGAAAGUUUAAAGGCAUACACUGUAGUCCCCAAAACAACUCUACCUUAAUGAAGCAGUUUUGGUGUAUUGAUCAUGCCCUCCUGUCUCACUGCUCAAUUGUCUACCAUUUAGGAGUUUAAUCACCUUGUUUUUGCAGCCCUCGUCAGAUCUUCCUGCAUGUGAUCCGUAUGCCUUCCACUUCCUGUAAAGAGAGCUCUAAUGUUUAAACUUUCUGUAUUGCACUGUGCGUUUAAUUUAGAAUUUAUCUCCUGCUCUGUUAAUGGAUUGCUAGAGCAUGUCUGAGCCUCCUGUGCGUGAUUUAAAGUUUUGUUGUAAGUCACAGCCAGGGGAGGUGUGGCUAAGGCUGUAUAAACAGAAGUAAAAGUAAUUUUAAAUCCUAAAUGGCAGAAAAUUGAGCAGUGAGACUUCAGGGGCAUGAUUAAUACACCAAAGCCACUUCAUUAAAGGAACACUAGUGUUUUUACUACACUAUUUAGGUCCCCUGCUCCCCUUAGAUUGCAUGGGUAAAGUAAUUUUACUCACCUUUUCUGUCUCCAUUACGGAGUUAUCAGUAUUGAUGAUCUCAGCCAAUCCAAUACGUUCUCUUAGGCAAACAUUGUGGGGCUAUUGCGCUUGUGCAGCAUAAGACUGCACCAAUCAGCAUAGCCUUAUGGAGACCGUUAAGCCAUUCCAUGCAAGGUGUGGAGAUGCUGAACACCUGAGCUUCACAAUUUAAGCACUGUACUAGGAAGCACCUCUAGUGGCUGUCUGUGUGCCUGCCACUAGCUGUGUACCUUGGCAGCAAUGUAAAAACUGCCUUUUCUCUGCUCAGACUGCAGGGACAGGCUAUGGAUACCAGAACCACUACAUUGCUGAACCAGAACCACUACAUAGCUGUAGUGGUUCUAGUGACUAUAGUAAAAUAUAGUAAAAUAUAUUUUGAUGCCUAUACUAUCCCUUUAAAGAUAAUCAUACUCUGUAUAAUCUGUAUCAUUUCAAUUUUUAAUCUGUUACUUUUUGCUACACAAUAUUUGCAUUCCCUUGGCUUUUCUCUUCAAUUGGGUGUCUAGUAAAUAUCACCACAUAACUGUUUAAUUUUAUGACCAGAAUCUAAAAAUAAAGCAUGAGAUGGCAAAUUGAGUUUACCAACCUUUAGGGAAUAGAGCCCAUACCUUUUUCGAGGGCUGUUGAAUCAUUUUGUGGCGUAAUAUUUUGUCAGGUACGAAUUCAGAGGCUUCUAAUGCUUCAGAGACUGAAUCAGACCACCGAGAUGAACUAAGCGAUUGGUCCUUGGCUCCAGCUGAAGAUGAUCGUGAUAACUAUCUACGAAGAGGAGAUACACGUAGACGUGGUGGAGCACGGGGUCAAGGGUUAAGAGGACGUGGAGGCUUCAAGGGUAAUAUUUUGCAUUUGUUUUUUCCCUCAUAUUGUAGAAAUAUAUGAAGAUCAUUGGAAAACUUCAAAGCAAAAACGCACUGAUAGCUGUAGAUUGAACAGUAAGCACAUUAAAACAGUGCAUCCUGUCAUACCAAACAUGACUUCUUUGUAUUGCUGUUACAUCAUCUUUGCAAAAAAAAAAAGGCAAAUUAAUGUUUUCUACAAAACAAAAAAGGCAACACUAUUGCCACAGUAGGGCCCAUUCAUGCAUCUGCUCAGCUUGGCAUGAGUCGAAUUUGUAGUCAUAUUGGAGACAAACGCAAUAACCAGACUUUCAAUUUGGUUGGCAGUCUAAUAAUCACAAUGUGUAUAACAAUUACAUAGGUAAUGUAGUUAUAUUGUUUAAUUCAUUCUAUGAACUUGCAUUAUUUUAAUCAUUAGCAUAUAUUGACACAGGACAUACUUGAAACCGAGAGAAAUCUCAAUGUAUCUUUCCUGUUAAAAUAUUUUAUAAAUAAAAUAUAUAUAUUUUUAAAUAUAAUAGAAAUUGUCAUCACUAUCUGUCACAUACUAUUUGUCUUUGCCCUUAUAAUGAUGGAAUUGAAAAAGAAAAUGUAAAAAAAUUUUUUUUUGUUUUUCCCUCUUAGUAAAUGAUGACCAAUCACGAGCUGACAACAGACAGCGCAAUUCAAGAGAGACUAAAGCGAGGACAUCCGAUAGCUCUCUACAGGUUAUUAUAUAACAUUUUUAUUAAUACAUAAAUAUGUAGUGUAAAGGUGUUUACAUGGAUAGCUGGAGAUAGGUUGAAGGAGUAAUUAUGAGCUGAAAAAUCCAAAAAGCUUACUUUUAUUCUGGCAAGUAAUAUAAACCUCCAGACUGACAUCACAACACAUCAUGCUUGGUGUUUUGCACUGUGAGGUGCUUAACCAUAAACAACCUGUCCCAGAAUAAACAAUUGUAUGCUUAGCAGAGGAAAACACUUUUCAUAUAAGAUGAAUAGUUGUUUAUAUAGCAUUGCAUUAUUUAUUGUGUCCUCAAUUAAAGGAACACUAUAGUCACCUAAAUUACUUUAGCUAAAUAAAGCAGUUUUAGUGUAUAGAUCAUUCCCCUGCAAUUUCACCGCUCAAUUCACUGUCAUUUAGGAGUUAAAUCACUUUGUUUCUGUUUAUGCAGCCCUAGCCACACCUCCCCUGGCUAUGAUUGACAGAGCCUGCAUGGAAAAAAAACUGGUUUCACUUUCAAACAGAUGUAAUUUACAUUAAAUAAUUGUAUCUCAAUCUCUAAAUUGAACUUUAAUCACAUACAGGAAGCUCUUGCAGGGUCUAGCAAGCUAUUAACAUAGCAGGGGAUAAGAAAAUCUUAAUUAAACAGAACUUUCAAUAAAUAAAGCCUAAAUAUUGCUCUCUUUACAGGAAGUGUUUAUGGAAGGCUGUGCAUGUCACAUGCAGGGAGCUGUGACUAGGGUUCAUAAACAAAGGGAUUUAACUCCUAAAUGGCAGAGGAUUGAGCAGUGAGGCUGCAGGGGCAUGUUCUAUACACCAAAACUGCUUCAUUAAGCUAAAGUUGUUAAGGUGACUAUAGUGUCCCCUUAAGGGAAUGCUCCAAGUACCAUAACCAUUAAUGUGUACUCUGUUCUUUGGGAAAGUACAUAUGUCACUUAAUUUAAUUUGUAAUUUUAAGCCUAAAUACUGCAAUCCAAGACGCGGUCAUGUGGAAAUGAUAGUUGAGAGCAUGUCUGUGUACUUUUAUAAUUGUAUGGUCUUGUGCGUGUGAACAUUUGAAAUAAAUCAGUGUUUGUUCAUUUCAGAUCCGGAUUGACUGCAAUAACGAGAGAAGUGUACAUACUAAAACUCUGCAGAAUGCAUCUAUUGAGGGCAACCGCUUGCGCUCUGGCAAAGAUCGCAUCCUAAAGAAGGAGAAACCAGAGGUGGUGGAUGGCCAACAAUUGGUGGUUAAUGGUGUCCCAUAACCGUACAUGUCUAAAGUCAUCACAAUCUGAAUAAAAUAAACGUAAUUUGCAUUAGAGAAACCUGUUAGGCCAAAGACAAAUGGGCAAGACGAUGCAGGGCAUAAAACAGAGCCACUGUUAGCCUUCUUUCGUUUGCAUUGGCUGUUAACAGUUUUCAAAUGUCAGACAUUGGGAACAUAUUCAAACCUUCUGAGGCUUUCAAGUUCAUAUUGCACUUGACUUAAAAAAUAUUUUUUGUUUAAAAGAGAAAAUAAAUGGGAAAAAUACUAAGAUGUGUGUUGGUUAUACUUGUGUUCAGUUGUACCGUUUUCAGGCAGCUGAUUUAAAAAGAAAAAUCAUAUCUAUAUUUCAAACUUCAAAUUGAAUAGCAGAUGCGUUAAUUCAGACGGUCUUAUGUUUCCAAUUAUGCAUCAUGUCCUAUGUCCUUUUACAGUUUUGGCCCAUUCUACAGUGUCUUAGUGGGACCUAAGAUUUGUGUAAUUACAAACUGUCAUUUUCAUUGGCAAAAAGAAAAAAAAGUUGUAUGAUCUGUGCCUUUUUUAUAUCUUGGCAGGUAGGGGAAUUAUUUGGAUGCAGGAAGUAAGGGAGAUUCUUUGAAAAUACUAAAUGUAAAAUAUAUGUAGCAAUCUCAUCAUUAGAACUUUUUAGGAGAAUGCAUGCUUUCCAUAAUGUUUUACAUACUUAAAAAUCAGCCUCAGCUACAGAAAAUGUAGAAAUUUGGUUUUUGCACUGAAAAAUUAGCAAUGAAUAGUCAUGACAAGGACACAUGUCUUUUUAUAGACAUAAUUGUUGAGGAAUUUUUAUGUCUUGAAAGAUUAAAAUAUCUUUUCUUUUUCACUUUUUUUUUUUUCUUAGAGGUGAAUGCGUACCUAUUUACAAAAUAGUCUUCGUUUGGCCUAAACUGAUCUU